GAAUAUAAGCAUCACAUGGUGCCGCGCCCUGAGGUGUGUCCAGUCACCUAAAACUAUCCUUACUUGACGGUUUCAUUGUUUGGAAAUUCAUCACCAUCAAAGCCGAACCUUCCGCAUUCCAACAGUACCUCAAAGCAAGCAAUCGACAAGAUGACCCUUAAGGACGACGCAUAUCCAUCUUCCGAGGCAUUCGAUGCCAUCGCCGCUGCUCUGGCAGACCCGAAGGAGAAGAAGGAUGCCGUGAAGCAGUGCAACGCGAUCUUUGCUUUCAACCUCAAGAACGCCCAGGGACAAGAGCAGGCAUGGCAUUUGGACCUCAAGAACACCGGCGAUGUUGGCAAAGGCCUCGCACCGGAGGGCAAGAAGGCUGAUGUCACGCUCAACCUCAGCGAAGAGAAUUUCGGCAAGCUCGUGUCUGGCAAGGCGAACGCGCAGAAGCUUUUCAUGAGCGGAAAGCUGAAGAUCAAGGGCGCCGUUAUGAAAGCCACCAAGAUGGAGCCGAUCCUCAAGAAGGCUCAGAACAAGGCGAAGCUCUAGAUGAUGAUGACUUCGGCGUUGGAUUGUGCUUCUUGAUGUAUGGUACACUCUUGGCCUAACACCUCAUGGCCCGUCGCCAUCGAUGCGACAUGUACUUUAUGAAGUGAAACUGAGAACAUAUUCACCG